CGGGGCGAAGGCGGGCCACGAGACCCGGGAGUGGGGGAAGAUGGCGGCGUUGUCGGGGCUGGCGGGGCUGCGCGCCCCCGUGCGACCGCUCCUGCACUCAGGGUGGCUCCUCUGCGGCGGCACGCACCCGUGGGCCCGAGCCGCGCUCCCAGGGCUCUCGCUGGCUCAGAGAAGGCCCUUCAGCAACAACAAAGUUCUAGUGGAUGUGGACACAAGCACCGGGGUGGCGGUGAUAAAGAUGAAGAGCCCGCCAGUGAACAGCUUCAGUCUGGAGCUGCUGACGGAGUUUGUCAUCUGCCUGGAGAAGCUGGAGAACGACAAGAGCUGCAGAGGCGUCAUCAUCACCUCGAACAGCCCCGGAGUGUUUUCGGCGGGCCUGGACCUGACGGAGAUGUGCGGGCGGACCCCGGACCACUACGCCCAGUACUGGAAGGCCGUGCAGGAGCUGUGGCUCAAGCUCUACGCCUCCAACCUGAUCACCGUGGCCGCCAUCAAUGGGGCCUGUCCGGCCGGAGGGUGUCUGGUGGCCCUGACGGGUGACUACCGGAUCCUGGCCGACAACCCGAAGUACUGCAUCGGCCUCAACGAGACCCUGUUGGGCAUCGUGGCCCCUUUCUGGUUCAAGGACAGCAUGGUCAACACCAUCGGCCACCGGCAGGCGGAACGAGCCCUCCAGCUCGGCCUCCUGUUCCCGCCCGCCGAGGCGCUCCGGGUGGGACUGGUGGACCAGGUGGUCCCCGAGGAGAAGGUCCAGAGCGCGGCCACGGCCGCCGUGGGCCAGUGGCUGGCCAUCCCAGACCACGCGCGCCAGCUCACCAAGGCCAUGAUGAGGAAGCCGACGGUCGAGCGUCUGCUCAAGGGCCGGGAGGCCGACGUGCAGAACUUUGUCAGCUUCGUCUCAAGAGACUCUAUCCAGAAGUCUCUGCACACCUACCUGCAGAUGCUCAAGCAGCGGAAAGGCUGAGGCCCGGGGCGGCUCGGCACCCGCCCCGGGACCCCCAACCCCGAGUUCCUCCAGCUGCGGCCGGUCACUGCAGUAUCCGUUAAAUCGUAGAUGGAGUUUCUCCUCUCCCUGCUUUGUUCCCUCUUAGUCCCGGGGCUUGGUGGCCUGGGCCUGGUACCCCCCACGCCCGCCCCAGCCGCUGCUCUGGCAGGGCAAGAGGAGAGGCAGUUGGAGGGAUGGGGGUUAGGGGAAGGGGCAAGGGCGGGCAGGCCGAUGGACGGAAGGAGGGAGAUGCGCUUCAACCUGAGAAUCGUGGCCCUGUGCAGGAGGUAGUGGGGCGGGCAGAUUGUGAAUAAAGUGCUCGAGAUGGCA